CGUCGCCGCCGACCCACCGCCUCCUCCAAGCCCGGGUCGCCCGCCGCCACCACACCCUCGCCCGACGACAAGGCUGCCACCUCGUCGGGACCCACCACGCCCAAUGGCGACAAGGUGUUCACUUGCUCGGUGUGCAGCCGCUCGUUCGGCUACAAGCACGUGCUGCAGAACCACGAGCGCACGCACACCGGCGAGAAGCCGUUCGCGUGCGCGUCGUGCGGCAAGCGCUUCACGCGCGACCACCACCUCAAGACGCACAUGCGGCUGCACACGGGCGAGAAGCCGUACCACUGCACGCAGUGCGACCGCCAGUUCGUGCAGGUGGCCAACCUGCGGCGCCACCUGCGCGUGCACACCGGCGAGCGGCCGUACGCCUGCACGCUCUGCCCGUCGCGCUUCUCCGACUCCAACCAGUUGAAGGCGCACGCGCUCAUCCACCGCGGCGAGAAGCCGUUCGAGUGCGCGUCGUGCGGGGGCCGCUUCCGCCGCCGCCACCACCUGGCGCACCACAAGUGCUCCGGGCCUCCGCCCCCACCACCCGCGCAGGCGCCGCCCUCGGUGGUCGCAGCCGCCGUCCCGCCCCCGGAGUCUCCGUCGCCGCCUCUCUCCGACGUCGUCCAGACCGGUUCGGGUCACGACGACAACGGGACCGAUGUACCUCCGGAGCAGACCGAGCCGGAGGACUUGUCCAUGAAGGCGGUGGUCCGCCAAGACUCCAGCUUCCUGGCCAAGCACCACCACCCCAAGUUCCGCCACCGCGCCCCACAGCUGUCCUAG